AUGGCUUCGAGCCAAUGGGUAAAUUUAGCAAGUAGGAAGUAUGUCUCUUGGGAGGCUGCGGGCGUGGAGAGGAUUCCACCUGGGGAAGAGGAGGAUAUGAGAGCCGUGAUCGCGCAGAUCAGCGAGAUGCAACGGCGCCAGUAUAACAAGGCACGGCAUUGUUACGGCGGUACUCACGCUAGAACGCAAGGCAUUGUCAAGGGAAAGCUUGUCGUACCAGGAGAUCUACCCAAACAUCUCAAGCAGUCCGAGCUCUUUAGGGAAGCCGGAGAAUAUCCCGUGGCAUGCCGCUAUAGCUCAGAACCAGGCGAUCCAGGUCUUGACGCAGGUGUUUCUAAACGUUUUGCUAUGAAGAUCUUCAAUGUAAAAGGGGAGAUGUUUGACGCCGGUCGAGACUAUUCGACCCAAGAUAUUGAGUUUAACAGCACGCCAGCUAUCGAGCUCGCCGACGCCAAAACUACUAGAGAGGUUUUGGGUAUUCGUCUAAUGUACGAUCACGACAAAGCGGAGAUGUAUAAGCGCUUAAAAGAGCGGCCAGACUAUGAGCUUCAGGUCUCGCGGGACAAGGCUCCAAACACGCAUCUCGAGUCGAUGAGAUGGUAUUCGCAAACCGCAUAUCGCUUUGGCGACUACAUUAUGAAAUAUCGGCUCGUCCCGUCCACAGAAACGCAAACAAAGCUGGCCGAGAAAACAGUGAAGCCAGAAGACGCCGAGGAUAUCUUACACCGAUGGUUGCAAAACUUCCAUUAUAAUUACGACGCCGAGUUCUUGUUCCAAGUGCAACUUGUUGAGAACUUGAGCGAACAGCCUGUCGAGUAUGCAGGCGUCGCAUGGGAUGAGAAGAAAUAUCCCUGGCAACCAGUUGCUGAACUCAUCAUUCCUAAACAGGAAAGUUUCAGCUACGCGAGAAAGUCGUUCUGGGAGGAUCACAUGAGGCUUGAUCCGGUGGGUACUACACAAUAUCCUCGUCUUUGCCGUCAAAAGUAA